AUGGCAUACAAGAUUAUUACAAAAUUGAUUGCUGAGAGGCUUAAAUCUUGUCUUCCAGUUAUCAUUUCUGAGGAUCAAGGACACUUUGUGGUGGGUGGUCAAAUUUUGGAUGGGGUGGUGGUUGCUUCUGAGGUCAUUCAUUCCAUGGUGACCUCUAAGGAAAAGUCUAUUUUCAUUAAGUUGGAUAUGGCCAAAGCGUAUGACAGAGUUAAAUGGAGUUUUGUUCAGAAGGUUCUAUUGGCUUUUGGGUUUUCAGCAAAUUGCUGGAGUUUGGGUCUACCAGCACUUUCUCAUCUCCAGUUUGUUGAUGAGACCUCUCUUAUGCGAUUGGAUCGUAUUCGGGAAGUUGAAGCCUUUAGGAAAGUUUUUGAUAUCUACCUUGCUGCUUCUGGUUAG